AUGUUUAUUUGCAUACACGUCUCGCGUCAGAGACAUGCGAAAUUACUUGAUGCCGUGUGGAGAGAAACUCCCAGUUCCACUCAUACUUGCGACAUAUGCGCCGCAGAUUCCCGUAUCGAAGUUUGUGAAUAUGGAUCUGAUUUAGCUCUGGUUCUUACAACAUGGAUUAACCUUGGCCCUAGUCUGACCCCAGAUGACCCUAGAUGGAUAGUCCAUUCCUGUAAUCGGAAGUUUAAGAGGGUGACACUCGAUCCAAAUCAUCGAAAAGACAGCCCGCGGGUCUGUUUUGAAAAUGUGUCGCCUCAGUCAUUAGAGGCCUUGCGGUCAUGUAACCUUUCCUAUCUUAAGGACCAGCGAUAUAAGUGGGUUAUGUGGCAAGUCGAUUGGUAUAGAAGCGUCUGGUGUCUACCAACUAAAAGUUCUUGGGGAAGUUACUGGUUUAUGUCCUAA